AUGAACAGGAAUUCCAAACGAUAUAUUUUAAAACUUUUGUUCAUUGCAUUCAUCGUAAUCAAUGCUGGAAUCAUAACACCAAUUUACAUUCGCACUGUCAAAUACAACGACGGCGGUGACAGCGCUGCUGCUGGUGAAAAUAAGAAGCCAGUUUCUUUAUCAAUUCUUACUACCACCACCACUACCAUUCAAGUAGUGUCGAACCACAACGAUGUAUCAUUUUGGAAUUAUGGCAUUGAUCUAGAAACGUUACCAAAACCUCGUUCUACACUCAACAUCAGUGUCCUACUAACAGAGUUGAAACAAUCCUAUGUGAUCAUAGCAGCGUGUGCUCAUAACGAAGCUCGUAAUAUUGAAGGCUUGCAGAGCGUUGUAAACAUGAUCACACAUUAUUUUGGAAGAUAUACUGUUCUCUUAGGUGAAUCGGAUUCAAAGGAUAAUACAUUAGAAAAACUGCGUCGGUGGGCGCUGAACGAUACUGCUAGCAAUGUACAUUUAUUUGCACUUGGUAAUUUAACAGCAGUAGAGAAAAAUAUAACAAGUAGAACGAUGCGUAUUGCUCACUGUCGCAAUACAUUGUUAAAUGCAGCACGUACAGAAUUUGAAUUAUCUAAAUCUCAGUAUUUUUUCGUCUGCGAUCCUUCUCAAGCUUCCGAUCUGAGUGUAUUUACCAGAGAGAAUUUUCUGUCGAAUUUUAUGUAUGACCGAAAUGAAUGGGCUGCUUUCACAGCUACACAGACCUAUGAUUACUACGAUAUAUGGCCGUUAAGAUCAAAAUUAGUGAAUCAUGAUGCUUUAGACAUGGUUAAUCGAUAUAAAGCAAAUUGGACAUUCUGGCCAGCAUGGGAUAAUUUUGUAACGCCAUAUAAACGUCCAAUUCCACUUGACUAUCCUCAUCUCAUUGAAGUUAAUUCAGCGUUCGGUGGUGCAGCAAUUUAUCAAUCAAAAUAUUUAAAAUCAUGUAACUAUAGUGGAUGGUUAGUAGACAAAGAAGUCAGUGAACAUGUACCAUUUCAUGAAUGUAUCAAAAACAUAAGUGGUGGAGGAGCACGAAUAUUUAUCAAUCCGAAAUUUCAAACAGCAACUGACUGGAAAGAUUGA